AUGGCGUGCCUGCCCACCGUCCCGCCGGCGCUGGCCUUGAGGAAGUGGCUGGGGCUCGGGCUCUUCCUGCUACUCUGCCUCAGUUUAGGCUAUGCACUGGAGAAGAAAGUAGUCAAAAGCAAAGUGGGGGAAAAAGUUGGCCUGCCUUGUUGUCAUGAAAUUCCCAGCUCGGAAAGCCUACAUAAUUACCGGGUCUACUGGCAGAAGAACACCACGGAGGUAGUGCUUGCCUACGCAGAGGGGAAGAAGAUCUCCAAGCAUGAGCGGUACGAGAACCGGACAGAGAUGAACACCACCAACCUCACCCUGUGGAUCUCCCCCGUGGAAAUCCUGGACAAUGGCCCUUACCAGUGUGUUGUUCAGCACCUCAGAUUUUCGCAGAACUCAGUUGUUGUGUGCGAUGAGCCUGUCACCCUCUUUGUUACAGCUGACUUCAGUAAGCCGAACAUAACAGCAGAAGUAGUCAAUACGUCUUGUGAAUCAACUGAGAUGGUGGUAAAAUGUUCUUCUCAUGGAGGUUUCCCCAAACCCAAAAUCUCUGGAGCUCUCAACAACGUGUCCAUGCUGUGGAAUGCCAGCUGGGUGUCCGAGUCCAGCCUCAGCCCGUACAACGUCACUGGCGAACUGUGGCUCAACGUGACCAAAGACAUCAGCAUCACUUGCACCGUUGAAUACGAUGGCUUUGCCAAGUCCACCAGUUUGCUUCUGAAAAAAACAAAUGACUGCGUUGUCCCUACUGUGCCUCCAUCUUAUAAUGUCAUUACUGCUUCAAGUAUCAUCAUUAUCAUCUUCCUUUUGGCUAUCACCCUAGCAGCAAGAUACCUCCCAAGGCAUGUCUGUUCUCACUGUUGUAAGCCUCAGGAUUCAGUGGAAGAGGGUGUGAAAGAAUGCAUGAAGCCACCCGUGAGCUCUAAAGUGACAUCUGAAACAUCAUCUGUAUGA